AUGUCGAAGAGAGGUCGCGGAGGAUCGGCGGGGAACAAGUUUAGGAUGUCACUGGGUCUGCCAGUGGCGGCGACGGUGAACUGUGCCGACAACACCGGCGCCAAGAACCUCUACAUCAUAUCAGUGAAGGGAAUCAAGGGGAGGCUAAACCGGUUGCCGUCAGCGUGCGUUGGAGACAUGGUCAUGGCCACUGUCAAAAAGGGAAAACCCGAUCUCCGUAAGAAGGUGUUGCCAGCGGUCAUCGUCCGUCAGCGCAAGCCAUGGCGCCGAAAGGACGGUGUUUACAUGUAUUUCGAAGAUAAUGCUGGUGUAAUCGUUAAUCCAAAGGGUGAAAUGAAAGGAUCUGCUAUUACUGGACCAAUUGGAAAGGAGUGUGCCGAUCUCUGGCCCAGGAUUGCAAGUGCUGCUAACGCGAUUGUUUAA